AUGAGUGAUAUAAGUAUAUCAUUCUAUGAUGAUACUUACAUUGAAACCUUUUUUAACAAAAUAUUCCCCAAGUUUCCUUAUGAUUUAAUUGUUAAUAUUCUCCAGUUUUUGUCUAUUCCAGAAAUUCUUGUUUUACAAUCAUUGAUAGAAGACAAUUAUGUUAAAAGAAUAAGAAUAAAUCAAAUUAAAAAACAUAGAUUGUCGAUUAUUUGUGAUUCUAUUGAUUUUGACGAGGAAAUAGAUAAAAAAUUUCUUCAAAUAAAACAAAUGUUUCAAACGAUUGUACGACUUACUAAAAGUGAUCCUCAUAAUAUCAUUCCAGUUGAUAUUACUUUUUUCUGUGAAUCAAUGGUGAUUGAUUGUUUAGAUGAUUGGUUAGAUAAUGCAACCAAUUUUGAUAUCGUUCUAAUACUUUACAGAUGCCACUGUUUUGAGCUACAGAACUAUAAAAAAUCAUCUAUGAUAACUAAAAUUUACGUAGAACAUUCUGCUUGUGAAUCUAGUCAAGAUUUUAGAUUAGACUUUUCCAUUUAUUCAAAUUUAAAAGAAAUCGAAUACUGUUGUGGUUACUUAAAGAGCUUGAAUUUAGAUUCAUCAUUUGAGACAUUAACCAGUCUAGCUAUACCUGACAUAUAUAGUCAAGAAUAUUUAUCAAGAUUUAUCAAUUUGAAACAUCUCAAGAUUGAGUUCCAAGAGGAUUUUCACAUUAAAAAAUUGCCUAGAAAUAUUCUAACUUUAUGGUUAGAAGGCCUCUAUGUAAAUAGUGAUAUCAUAAUUCAGUCAAGUGAUGAUUGGCCCAAAAAUUUAAAUUCACUUAGUAUAAUUAUGGGAGCUAAUUUUCGACUGGAAUCUAUAAGUCUGUAUAAAUUACCAUCAAAUUUAGAAAGUCUAACCAUAAAUAGUGUUGAAGUAAGCAAUAUUUUCCCCGAAUUUCCAAGUUUGUUAAGAGAUCUUGAACUUCAGAGUCAUUCCAAGAAUCCUUUAUAUUUCUCUAGUAUUCUUGAAAUGGGUUAUCGUAAACUCGUUCUAGAUGGUUUUAUUCCAGUCGAUGAUUCGAUUAGUUCUUUAAAAGUAGCCCAAGGGUUGGAAGAGUUGCUGUUCGUUUUUCCCAGUUGUUCAUUUUCAUUAGAUUCCAUUGAUUUUGAAGGUGCAAAAUCAACAUUACGGUCUUUGUCUUUAGCCUUCAAAAACUACCAAUGUUCUUUUACAAGAGUCAAUUUUGGUGAAUUUCUGAAAUUAAAAUCUAUUAAACUAGAAGGUUGUAACAUAGAAUUAGAAAAUUUGAUAUUACCAACAUGUCUAAAUGAGUUGGAGAUCGAAUUCGACCAUUUCACAUCUAUAGAUGAUAAUUGUCCUUUAUUUUCCAAUCCAUAUAUUUAUUCCAGAUUACAAUCUCUAAAAUUUUCUUCAUGUCAGGUUGGUUUUAUUUCGCCCAACGUAAGUUUACCAAUAAAUCUAAGGACUCUUUUUAUUCCACACUGCAAUGAUGUCCGCUUUCUUUCUAAUGUUAUCAAUCAUACAUCUUUAAAUCACUUCGGGAUUUGGAAAUUAACAAGUUUUGAAAUUUUUGAUGACCUUGAAAUUUUCAACACAGAAGGUUCUUCAAACUUUACGACAAACAUCAACAAGUUAGAGUUCGAGAUUUAUUGUACACCAUUCACAGACUCUAUCAUAGAAAAUUUCUAUAACCAAAUUGAAUCUACCUUCAGAAAGAAAAUUGCAAACAGGAAAGUUUGUGAAAAAUUACGAUCAUACCAAAUCCUUGAUUUAGUUCCAAAAUUUGAUUGA